UGCAGCGCUGUUGUGAUCAAAAGAGUGAUUAUAAAAUUCGUGCGUGUCGGUAGAAGAAAAAUUCACCAUGACGACUCAGAAGACUAUGCUGUAUUUGACGAUACUGGUCGUUGCCGUGUUCGCCACGGAAGUAAACUCUUUAUGGGGUUCCGACAAUAACGGAAACAAGUCCCAUAAUCUGAUAGUUGGAUUCCGAAUGCCUGGCGACAGGCUCGUCCUGAGACAAAAUGUGAUCAAGAAUUCGGCCUGGAUGAGGAUCGUCGUCGAGGAGAAGACCUUCAACACUUCGAUGUACGAUCGUAUCACCUCGGUUCAAGCUCUCGACCAGAAGACCAAUGGCAACGGUGCGUACGCUAGCCUAACCGCUGGUGGUCCAGGAUAUUCCUCCGUCAGCCUUAGAUUCAAGAGUCAAAGGAGCCAUGGAAUCAACUUCGUCGUCGAAUUGUACGCGCGAAAUUAAUCCACGCAAUUUGAAAUUUGUCAAAUCCGCUUAUUAACGAUUUGUCGUCUAAGAGAACCAAGUUUCCUGAUAAUUUAUUUGCACAACUUUUAACUCGUAACUUCACUUUACGCAAUGUUAAAAGAACAAUAAAGCUUUGGAAAUUCUUGUGUCGAUCGAAUCGAUUGUUACUACCAUGAAAGCGUCUAGCUUUCAAAUUUCAUCCGCUCAUUGUAAUUUUCCAGAAGUAAACUUAAAAAUGUAUCAUUCCCCUUCGUAACAUGAAUCAUGCCCUAAUUAAUUUAUUUCGAUAACUUUUAAUUUGUAACUUGUGUUAAGAAAAACAACGAUGUUUCUUAACGUUAUUCGGUAAAAAGUGUGAAAAUUACAAACCACCUCACCGAUAGAGAAAUAAACUUUUUCAAAUAUUCCAA